GGGAAGAAUAGUGAAUAACUUUAUUGCAUUGUCGAAUCUCGUUGAGUUGGAUGAGGAAUUUGACACAGAGGGACCAGUUCAAACAUUUGUCGUUUCACUUUACGAAAGGAAAAAUAUCUUUUUUCCCAGACUCCCAAAAUUUUAAUUAUGAAGCCUUGAAAAUUAACAAAAAUCAAUGGAUUAUGCAGGGAAAACAAUGACUCUUCCCUUCGCAUUUGAAUUCAAAUAUCGUCGGUAAUGUAGGUACGCCCAUGUCCCGGAGCUGUCACAACAAAAAAAAACUACGACUCCAAAAAUAGAAAACAGCUGGAGACUGAUCCCCCCGUAGUUCGUCAUCCACACCUUUUAAUUCACCGAAGUUAGAUGAAUAAAAAUAAUCGUAAAAUGGUGACAUACUUGACUCAUACUGUUCUUAACAAACAAAGAUGGCCGAUACAUCAAAAUUAUUGUAGGUACGCAUGGUCACGUCAGUGUCUCACGAUCUUUAAACCGGAGCAGUGAGUUCUAACCUUGAAUGAACAGUGGAAAAAAAAACUUCAGUCUGAUAAUGCAGUAGCAGUUAUUUAGUUUAUCAUAAUUGUACACUAGAGUCAGUGGAAUAUGGCGCCAACGAGGGUCAUACUCAUGUCAUGUGGAAGCUACAAUCCACCAACCCAUCUGCAUCUCCGAAUGUUUGAAAUAGCCAGGGAUCACCUGCAUCGCAUGGGGACUCACGAGGUGGUUGGUGGUGUGAUAUCGCCGGUCCACGAUAAUUACGGAAAGAAAGAAUUAGCAGCAUCCGAGCACAGGUGUGCAAUGGUAAAAUUGGCAAUUCAGAGCAACGAGUGGGUGAGACUGAGUACAUGGGAAAUUAGACAGAAUAGUUGGACGAAGACACGGCACUCGUUGCAGUACCAUCAGAAUUUACUGAAUGCCGUUCUACUGGACUCACCGGAUAUUAAAAGUCAGGUGGACAUUGAGGAUUUAGAGUGGAUACCCGAGAAUGUGAGGAAUGGGAGUGACAGGAGUCCUAUUCAAAUUAAAUUGCUCUGUGGAGCUGAUUUGUUGGAGAGCUUUGGAAAGUCCGGAUUGUGGGCUGAAGAAGACAUUGACGCAAUCCUGGGCCAUCACGGCUUGGUGGUGAUAACGAGAGAAGGCUCGAGCCCCAAUAAAUUCAUCUACGACUCUGAUAUACUCUCCAAGCACAUGCACAAUAUCUACAUCGUAACCGAGUGGAUUCCGAACGAGGUGAGCUCCUCUCGAAUACGACGUGCCCUCAAACGUGGCGAGAGCAUUAGGUACCUCACCCAGGACUCUGUGAUCGAUUACAUCUAUCAGCACGGAAUUUACGAUGCCAAAAUUACCUCAACGACAACUAAGUUUGGAACAUCCCCAAUUAACACGAAUAAUUACCUGCACAUUGACAACAAGUACAAUACAGUACUACUGACUCCAUCACCGAGUGACGUAACAAUGACAACUCCAAGUCCAGUGGAAAUAAUCACUAUAGACAUUGGUGAAACAGUGAUAAAGAAGAAUAUUCAAAAUUUACCUUAUUAUGCGACAAAUGAAAGAUUGUAUGACAAAUUGCCAAAUGUUGUACAAGAAAAUGGUAACAAAAAUUCACCAGUAAGAGGUAAAUCAACAUAUCCAGGCCAAGCUAAACAGAUUAUUACCACUGAGACUGGUGAAACACAUAUUUUUUACGAGGUAGGUUCACUAAAUGACAAUGAUACCAGCACAAAUGUACAAAGCCACGAUGAAAUAUCUUUAGCUUCUAAUGUUACUGUAAAUGUCAAUGAUAUUAGUGAUAAGAGCACCGAAAUUAAUGAUUCACAAGUGGAAAAUCGUGAGACGUGCUAUCAGAUAGACGCCAGUGUGUCAUUUGAUUCUGUAGACGACCUAGUUCCCUCAGAACCAAAGUCCGAGGAGUCUAGAAACGAGAGUAAUACGAUAAUCGAGGAGACAACGGUGUUGAAGUCCCCGGGGAUUGACGAAGUUCAUUUGAGAGGAGAUCUCCCUGAGGAGAUGAUCGCUGAGGAAGCCCCGUCGGUGCCGGAGGUCCCUCCGGAGGCCAGAGACACUCACUCGGUCACGCAGAUCGACGGAAAGUACUUGAAGUCCGUGGUAAAUUCUCGAAAGAGCCCGAACAGAGUGAGGAACUCUGAGCAGGUGGUGCCGAUGAUGGAGUCCGACGAGAUUGACGGAAAAAUCGAUCGCAAGUCCUUUCAGGGCAGCCUCGACUCCAUCAGCCAGAAGAAGUCGGAGAUGGAUCUCGAGAAGUCCAAGUCCAAGUCCAAGAGCUUUGAACUCCUCAAAUCCGAUUUUUCCCUCAAACAAUUUCCCUUCAGAGAUGAGGAUCUGGAGGAUACGGGCUCGCAGGAGGAGAGCGCGGCAUUCAUGACGGCUAAUGAGGACGAGCCCGAGGAGUUCUGCUCGGUUUGCUACAGCAGGGAACAGUCAGUAAGAAAUGUCUAUCCUCUGAGGUCGACUGACAGCUCUCCAAAUGAGCAGGACUCGACGGAAUGCGACAUCUGCAGUAGCUGCAAUCUUCAGGAGCCAGAGACACUCCCUGGGAUGCCCCAGUGUGAGCUCUGUGAGAUCUGCGGGGAUAUCGCUAUGGAGGAGGAUGUGGUGGCGUCAUCGAGACCCGAAACUGAUGAGUCCCUGGAUUUUCGACUGCUAUCGAGCUCCAGCCACCUCCCCCUGAGCCUCUCCCGGAGGAAAUUGCGAGGUGGAAGGAUUUUUGACAUCACUGAUGACGAUUGUCAGGACAUAAAUGAAGAGGACGAAGACGGGGAGAAACCCGAGUCCACGGACAGGAGGGAGCGAGCCCCAUCGACUUCCGCUGAAGAGUUCUCAGGCGAUGACUCGACUCUCAAUGAUAUCGAAUUUGAAAUUGAAAAUUGUGGGCUGGAAGUGGAUAACGAUGACGCAAAGACGAAAGCUACUGUCCAGGAGUUGACGGAUGAGGCUGGGGUUGAGGACAGCGCUUGCAGAAUUAAUCGCGGGUCUUCCAUGAUCAAUAGGGCUACUGAAUCGAGGACUGAAGCACGUAGGAGGUACAAAUCCGUUGAUAAUCUUCCAACCUCGAGGGUUAAUCAGUCGAAACCUCCUGUCAAGGAGGAUAAGGCGUUGGUGGUCAGGCAUAGCGGAAGAAUAAUUGGAUCGGCGGAUAAUAUCAGGGCGCCUAGGCCCUCCAGGAGUGUUAGUCUUCUUCGAAAAUCCGCGGAUGAUGUUGGGAGAAUUCGGGAAAGCGCUGAGGGGGAGGGCGAUGAGGGGAAAAACAAUUGUAAUGGUCGUGACAGGGGAGAACGAAUACCCUCUGAUACAGUGAAAUUUAUUCUUGGGAAACAUGGUAUUAAGAUCAUAAGUGAUAAGGAGACUGCUUUGUAGCUAAGGAUUUAUACGGAAAUGCUCUAGUCAUUUUCGUAUGUGCUUCGGGGGUUUGGGAUCUGGGAGAGGGGGAUAAAUCAGGGAGCUUUGAAUUUCAGUGAAAACUUUAUGGAUUUUUUUUGCAAUCAUGAAUAUUUAGCAUGAAAUCAUGCGGAUUUUUUGAUUAAUUGAAAAUUCAAGACGACAUUUUCCCUGGUUUCUUCUGAUUUUAUUAGUUUUCAUGGAAUAAUCAAGCUAAUCCCUAGUGUUCAUAGACUUUUUCAUCAAGUUCUAAAGGGAGAAAUUUUUCGGAAUGAAAUUCUCCGAAGAAAAUCCCGUUUUGCUGAAUUAUAAAUGGAGUUUUAAAAUUUUCCACUUCACGGGAAUGUCGGAAAAUCAUUUAUACUACUUCAACUAAAUUGACAGUUUGGAUUUUGUUGUUCAUCGAAUGUUGAAUUUUCAAUGAAGAAAUUCCUCGAAAUUUCAAUUCCAUCAGGAAAAAUUCCAAGUGUACGGGAUCUUUGAUUUUAAAAAUAUUAACAAUGUUGUGUGGAGUCUACGAAUAAUCGACAAUCUUUACUUGACGUCUUCGAGUGCAUCCAGCACAGAUAAUUUAAUAAGUCUAGGAGCUUCCAGGUUGAUAUUUCGAGGAUUACAGUACUGGAUAUAAUAUUGAUGUUAUGAUUGCAGUAGGCUGCUCUUUACUUGUGGCUUUUUACCGUUAUUAAGGCAUGACGUAUGUGCUAUUCAUAAGUAACCGCUUAACAUCGAAUAGACGGUAGAGGUACCGUAGGUUUUUUCGCAUUUGUUUGUCCAUUGGUGUCAAUAUUUUUUCUAAUAAUUAGUGGCUGUUGGAAAUUUUUGACUGAUAUGAAAUUGUCAUUGACAAUUCCCAGAUUAUCAAUGAAAAAAAACCUUUAAAAAUCCGCUGAAUUUGCAGUGACUUACAGUCACCACAGAAUGAUUACAUAUAAUUAAAUAUCGUAAUAAAUAAAUUAAUUAAAUUUUUUUCUCUACUUUGAGAAAAAUUACUGUCUAUUGAAUAUCUCCUGUCGUGAUUUUUUUCUGAAAAGAUCAAUUAAAAAUUUUCAGCAGAGCUGUCAUGAAAAAUUUUCAACUCUAAAUUCGUACUAUUCCUCCACUCUUGCUCAAUUUCUGGAAUUGAUUUAAUCCACUUUGAAAAGUCAAUUUAUCAAAUGAUACGAAUUAGGAGGAAGCCAGUCCCAGGAGUGCUGUUGAAGAAUUGAACGCUGUUCAAUCGGAGUUACUCAAAACAAUAAAAAAAAAAUUUUUUAUUUCUGA